UAAUUUUCAACAUGAAGUUGGCAAAUUUACUUGUAAUCUUGGCCAUGGUCGCCAUAUCAUCUGGUAGAGUGCUGGAAACGAAAUCUACCAAAAUUUCCAAAAAGGCGCCUAUUGUGUUGCGACAAGACGUGGAAGAGUACAGCGACAGUGAGAAUGCAGUGGAUGGUAACAUUUCCGAAUCCGCCGCUGUCGAUGAGUCGGACGUAAGUGAAAUAGUGAAUUGCUACGAAGUUAAUUGCAAUGAGGCCAGCAGCAAUGCGAACGCAGCCGACGAAGAAACCAAUUCGGAAAACAAUGAGGUAUUGCAAGAAAUCAACCAAGUGCCACAAGAGGCUGUUAGCCAGGCACCGGUGGUAAAUACUGACGAUGCAAAUCCGAUUAACCGAUACUGCAAAUGUACCACCUACGAAUGUAACUGUUGUCGUGACUUUGCUCUGCCGCUGGUUCCGAUGAAAGGGCCAGGCUGUGCGACUAUCCAAUACCUCGAGGGUAACCGUAUGUCCAUCGGAAUCAAAUUCGGAGAUCGUGUCUUGGCAAAUCGCGUUAUUUCUGGUCGAAAAGCAACCCCGGUCUGCAUGCCCCUGCCUGGAGGAUUCAAUCGUUUCUGUGGCCGUAUUUACGGUAUAAACCGUCGUAAUGAUGAUCAUUUUAAGGCUUGUUUGGGUCUGGAAUUGCGCGCCGACAACGAAAUCGAAGCAGUUCUGCGUGUUUCGUGCUUUAAAUUCGGACCACGUGGUCUCUCUGUAACUGAGCCGGAACCACUUCCACCGGUAGAGGACAUUGAUGUAGGUGAAGACGAAGACGACGAAGAUGAAGACGAGGAGGAAGACGACGCCGAUGAUCUGCUCGGAACGCUGGGUCUGGGAGACGAUGAUGACGAUGAUGACGACGAUGACGAUGAUGAUGAGGGAGCCGAUCAAGAUGAACCGGAAAUUCAGUCGUCAGAGCCCGGUUAUACCGGAUUCAGUUUACUUGAGGGGGAUUUCCUAGGAGACCUUUUGGGUACAACUAGUCAAAAAAAGAAGAAAACAAGUUUAACCAAAAACGGCACAAACCAACCAAUUAGUAAAGAUGCUAAGAAGAAGCCGUUGAAACAAGCAGCAGCGCAAGUAGCUGAGGUUGUAAGUAAAAAUGCGACCGUCACCAAAAAUAAAGUUAAGGACGACGAUGAUUCAGAUGAGAUAACCGAUAUUGUUGAAUCACUGGUAUCCGGAGGAGAUGAUGAUAGUGCCGAAAAUGACGAUGAAGACAACGAAAAUGAUGAUGAUGAUGAAGAAGACUCUAAAGAGACACCGGAAGUUACCGAAGAGGCUACCAACACUCCUGUCGAUGAUGAAGAAGAAGACGACUACGAGGAAAGUGGUGAAGAAAACGAUACUGCCAAUGAUAAUCUUAAAACCAAACAAACUAAACAGCCAAAAUUUGGGUUCAACUGGAAUAAUUUAACACGGUUUUUCCGAAUACUUUAAGAGCAACAUGUGGUAGCUCGAACAUCUACGAUGUUUGUGACUAGUGUGUAGUUUGUAAAUCUGUGCAAAAUAAUCAUUAUGACAUUAUUUAUUUAAUUUAUUGUAAUUUAUUGAACGCUGAAAUAGAUUCGAACCAGUAAA